GACAGAGAGGAAGCAAGACUUUUGCAGCUCUCUCUCUCCCUCUCGGGAGUAGUAGUCGACUGGACUCGGUCCAAGAGGCCACCACCCCAACGACCUCCUCCAUCUCCAUCUCCCCUUCUUCUUCUAUUCCCCUCCUCCCGGAGAGGCCCUCCCUCUCUCUCGUCGUCGUCGUCGUCUCUGCGAACGUUGGUGUUCUGGGUGGUCAAUUCACGGACGGCGUUGAGUAGGGAUUUUACCAUUGGCGGCUGCUGCAUCUUGAGGAACAGAACUCAUACAUGAUUCCGCUAAACAGGAGGGCAAGUCAGACUAGGGGUGGGAUGGAGUAUUUUGAUGCUAGGCGGAAGCCUCAUAAUGCUGGGAAAGUUAUUGCAGCUUUGGUCCUCACAACACUAUGUAUAUUUGUUUUGAAGCAAUCUCCUGGUUUUGGUGGCAGUAGUGUGUUUUCGCGCCAUGAACCUGGUGUUACUCAUGUCUUAGUAACAGGAGGAGCUGGCUAUAUUGGGUCACAUGCUUCAUUACGCCUGUUAAAGGACAAUUAUCGAGUUACAAUUGUGGAUAAUCUUUCUAGAGGAAACAUGGGAGCAGUAAAGAUUCUCCAAGAGCUGUUCCCGCAGCCAGGCAGACUUCAGUUUAUCUAUGCUGAUCUUGGAGAUCAAAAAACUGUCAACAAGAUCUUUUCUGAAAAUGCAUUUGAUGCUGUUAUGCACUUUGCUGCUGUUGCCUAUGUUGGCGAGAGUACAUUGGAACCCCUUAGGUACUAUCACAAUAUUACAUCGAACACCUUAUUGAUUCUGGAGGCUAUGGCGUCUCAUGGAGUCAAGACCCUUAUUUACUCUAGUACAUGUGCCACUUAUGGAGAACCUGAGAAGAUGCCUAUUAUAGAAACCACACCUCAGCUACCAAUUAAUCCCUAUGGUAAAGCUAAGAAAAUGGCGGAGGACAUCAUACUAGAUUUCACGAAGGGGAGAAAGGACAUGGCUGUGAUGAUUUUAAGAUAUUUCAAUGUUAUCGGAUCAGACCCAGAGGGAAGAUUAGGUGAAGCCCCUAGACCUGAACUACGAGAGCAUGGAAGGAUAUCCGGGGCAUGCUUUGAUGCAGCGUUAGGAAUCAUUCCAGGAUUGAAGGUUAAAGGAACAGAUUAUCCUACAACUGACGGGACAUGCAUAAGAGACUACAUUGAUGUCACAGAUCUUGUUGAUGCUCAUGUGAAAGCACUCAACAAGGCAGAGCCUAGUAAAGUUGGAAUUUACAAUGUUGGCACUGGAAGAGGUCGUUCGGUUAAGGAGUUUGUGGAUGCCUGCAAAAAGGCAACUGGAGUUAACAUUAAAAUUGAGUACCUCAGCAGGAGGCCAGGAGACUAUGCUGAAGUAUACAGUGACCCAACAAAGAUCAACACAGAACUCAAUUGGACCGCUCAAUAUACCGACCUCAAGGAGAGCCUUUCAGUCGCUUGGAGAUGGCAGAAGUCACAUCCACACGGAUAUGGAUCAAACUAAACAUAGCCUGCUGAUAAAUAAUUCUGCUGAAUCGUUGAUAUAUUGAUUUUUUUUAGUUAGUGGUAUAGGAUCUUGGUGCGAUACUGCUUCCACAGUCACUCAUUUGUUAUUUUUUUUUCUCUUUUUAUGUUCAAAAGGUUUGUUGUUAUUUGCUAGCAAAACCAUAAACAAUGGUCUUGAUAUGCUGGAAGUCUUGGAAGCCUUCAUGUAAGGGCAAAUUUCAUUGUUUUUUGACACAAAUAGCUGAUAAAAAGAAGUGUACAUUGUCUCUUACCAUUCUGAGAUGCAAACUUGUGAACUG